AUGUUUUUUUUCUCCUUCCUCCUCUUGUUGAUUCCUCUCGUCUCCAGCACGUCUCGCCACAGUAUGCACCGCAUGCGCAAGGUGCAUACUAGAGCUGUCGACACCGCAUUGCUCACGGGUCAAUGGGACUCUGUUCAUGCGGGACCGUACUCGCUGUUCAAUGAUCUAUGGGACGAGAAAAAUGCUACCUCGGGCUCCCAAGAAUCUCAGAUCACGUCAUUCAGCGGUAGUACUAUUGGCUGGACAACCACGUACACCUGGACUGGUGGAAGCCAAGUCAAGACCUUCGCCAAUGUUCAGCUUAAUAACGGCAUCAAUCAACAGCUGAGUGCUAUUUCCAGCAUACCCACUAGCUGGCAGUGGACUCAGUCGACCAACGAAGUCGUGGCUGAUGUGGCCUACGACCUGUUCACAUCUUGGAGCCCUGACGGCUCGAACGUAAACGAACUGAUGGUCUGGCUUGCAAACAUCAACUCUGGACCAAUCUCCAAGGAUUACAAUGCUGAGGGCCAAGCUGUUCCUAUCGUGACCAACAUCCCGUUGGAAGGUUACACCUGGGACUUGUACUCUGGAUUCAACGGAGUCAACCAAGUUUACUCGUUUCUCCUGACCAGCGGCACCAUCAACUCGUUCAGUGGUGACAUUUACCCAUUCCUUUCGUACCUGAUUGACAAUGAGGGCAUCAGCUCAACCCAGUAUCUUACUUGUGCUCAGGGAGGGACAGAGGUCACAUCUGGAGCAGCACAAUUCACUACGUAA